UCGCAUUCUAUAUCCAGUUGAAAACCACUAUACUUUAGAAAGGUUUUACAGCUACAAAAUAGCGGAUUUUUUUCGUGGAAAAAAAAAGUCUAAAAUCUACUUCAACACCUUCCUCACCCUGUCCGAUUAGGGUAACAGAGGUAUUUUGGCCACUUUAUCGAUUUCAUCGGAUUUUAUCGAUGUUAAGUAACUCAUUUUGCAUCAAUUUGAAGCUAAUCACAUUAAAUUACCUAUUGCGGAAGGGGUUUUUAAAGAUAUUACAAUAUUUGGUGGAUAUUUUUAUAAAGUUGGCCAAAAUAAAAUCAAUCCUAAAGUUGGGCAAAAUACCUCUGUUACCCUAAUUUGUUAAAUUGUGGAAAUCAACAAAAAUAUGACAGCACCUUAAAAAACUAUUGCAGGCUUUAUGCAAGUUCUUGCACGCAAGUGCUUGCUGCGAGCGUGUGAGAAUCAUCGCGCUCGCAUUGUUAGGAUGUCAACUAGUCAACUCAGACGAAUUGAUAUCAGCACCAUGGCAAUGAAAGACCCCGGCAAAACAAAGCUAUGGACGGUAGAGGAAACUUUCAAUUUGAUCGAUGCCUUCCGUAGCAAACCGGCCUUAUGGCAACGAAAACAGUUGAACUACAGAAACAAGCAUCGACGAGCAGAACUACUGAGAGAAAUAGCAAACGAGUUCGGAACAUCCACCGAUGAAGUCAAAGAAAAGCUUCGUUCAUUACGCACAGUUUACAUGCAGAAUGUAAAAAGAAUAGCUGCUGUCGACGGAUACGUUCCUAAAUGGGAUUACUACAAUGCGUUACAAUUUUUGAAGGGGGAACUUUUAUCGCAAUAUGAUAAUACUUUAAACUACGAAGAGGACUGUUCAGAAUCUGUUGUAUUUUUGGACGAACAUUACGAAAGUCCAUCAGAAGAGCCAACCCAGCCGGAACAAAAUUCUAUUCAAAACCAGCCAAAUGAAUAUCCACGCUACAAAAAAAGACGGUUCGAGAAUUUGCCAGGCAUAAAUCAAGAACAACGGAUUGGCAACGUAUCUAAUGAAGAGUUCGGGAAGUUCCUUGUUCAUUCUUUGAAUACAAUGAACAAUCCACAGAUAGAGGAAAAAACUAGGCUCCGUAUUCAGAUAGUUGUUUCGGAAGCGAUGCAUGAGGCGGCCACCAAAGCUCUCUCAUUACUUACGUCGAAUGCACCCCACAGGUCACCUCCACCCUGUCAGUCGUUGUUGCCGUCUUCGUCACUACCGGUUUCAGAAAAGGACACCUACGAAACUACGUUGCAUAAUGGAGAGCACCUACUGGAUGAAAUCACUAUUGUGAAACAAGAGACUGAGUAACAACGACGAUACGCCCCGCUAUUUACGAGAAUUUAAAACUGAUUGUAGUUCCUUACAAAUUAUUUAAGCGAAACAUUAUGGAAUAUACUUUACUGAUAGAUGAUUAGAUAAUUGAUGGCACUCCUAGCUGGAUGCAGUUUAUAUUUUUAUAUAAAACAGUAGGAGCUAGUUUUGAAAGAUCAUUCUAGUUUGUUAAUCUGAAAACAUUUCACCUCAAAAUCAAAUUAGAUUUCAUUUGUGCUAGACAUUGUGGUACACUUUUUACGAAUGCAAGAAAAAUCAUUUAGUUACACUUUCUAUUUUCAUGCGUGGUUAAGCACACGGGGUAUUUUAAAUCGGAUCGGGCUCC